AUGGCUACGAGGGAUUACGGAGACGUCGGCGCCGGUAUCGAUGAGGAACUGUUGGUUGGUCUUCCGGUCUCUGAUGCGGGGCACUAUGCGUUGGCGUCACCACGUGGGUACAGCGAUGGCGUCGGCGAUGAGGUUGGCGAUGGCGUCGGUGGUGAGAUGGGCGAUGGCGUCGGGGCUGGCGUUGGUGAUGAUGUCGGGAUUGGCGAUGGCAACUGGGCUGGCGUUGGCGGGGACCACGGGGCUGGCGUUGGUGAUGGUGUCGGGAUUGGCGAUGGCAACGGGGCUGGCGUUGGCGGGGAUUACGCAGCGAGGCACUAUGCGUUGGCGUCACCACGUGGGGACAGCGAUGGCGUCGGCGAUGAGAUGGUGUCGGGGCUGGCGUGGCACUUCGAAAGUCCUGCGAUAACGGCGUUGGCACUUCGAAAGUUCUGCGAUAACGGCGUAUCGGCCGGAGUAUCUCCUAUUUGGUUCCUUGCUUCCGGUAGCGGAACGGUCGACGCGGAUGGGGCCGAAUCGGGGCACUAUGCGUUGGCGUCACCACGUGGGUACAGCGAUGGCGUCGGCGAUGAGGUUGGCGAUGGCGUCGGUGGUGAGAUGGGCGAUGGCGUCGGGGCUGGCGUUGGUGAUGAUGUCGGGAUUGGCGAUGGCAACUGGGCUGGCGUUGGCGGGGACCACGGGGCUGGCGUUGGUGAUGGUGUCGGGAUUGGCGAUGGCAACGGGGCUGGCGUUGGCGGGGAUUACGCAGCGAGGCACUAUGCGUUGGCGUCACCACGUGGGGACAGCGAUGGCGUCGGCGAUGAGAUGGUGUCGGGGCUGGCGUGGCACUUCGAAAGUCCUGCGAUAACGGCGUUGGCACUUCGAAAGUUCUGCGAUAACGGCGUAUCGGCCGUAAGCGAGUUGAACUACACAAUCCUGAGAUCACGUCGGGGUCACCAGUUUUAG